CGGAAGCGAAGAUGCGAAGUAUCUGGCGGUAGAGAGAAUUAUUUUCCUCGUUGUCGUGGAAUCUUUCGGGUGUACUUUUCAGCCUGGCCGAAACUACAGCGGAAACAUGGCCAGUGACAAAGGUUAUGGCUACAGCCUUGUGAAGUACUUCUUCUUUGGCUUCAAUGUGGUUGUUUGGCUACUGGGCACUUCUCUGGUAUGUCUGGGUGUAUGGUUGCUAGUGACUAAAGGUCCUCACCCAGUGAUCACCCCAUCACAUAGUUACCUGAGUGCUGUAGCCAUCUGUAUAGCAGUGGGAAUACUCAUCCUGCUGGCUGGUUUCCUAGGCUACUGUGGAGCCCUGCUGGAGAAUCAGUGUAUGCUGGCCUCAUAUUUUGUCCUCGUGAUUCUGCUCUUUGUACUGGAGAUUACUGCAGCCUCCUUGUCAUUAGUCUACAAACAUGAGAUUAAGGACACAGCUAGAGUGGAGUUAUUGUACAGUCUACAUCUUACACACAGUCAGGUGAAUGACAAUCCUUCAACUGUGGUCCUGAGCCAGGCCUGGAAUGAGAUGCAGACAGAGCUACAAUGCUGUGGGGUACAGAACUACAGUGACUGGCAUGUGGUGAUGCCAGAGUCCCAAAAAGUGCCAGUCUCCUGCUGCAGACUGCCCAACUGUGAGCCCAAGAUAAGACCACUGUAUUACGAGCGGGGCUGUCUGGAAGAGAUUGAGUACUGGUUUGUGUCACAUAUGUACGUGCUGGGUGUGGUGGCAGUUACUCUGGGUGUGGUGCAGAUAUUAGCCGUGGCUGCAGCUAUACUCUUAUUUUGUAGUAUAAAAAACAAUAAGUUUGAUGUUUGAGGUAAACAUCAUGUGGACUUAACACUAUUUAAAGGCAAUGCUCUUACAAUGAUAGUGAGGACUUCCGUAAUUUUCCAACAAAGAAGAUUCAGUGAUGGAUGUGGACCAAGAAUUUGUGUUUAAUAGCAUAUGUAUUAUGUAAGCUGUUACACGGGCUAUUUAUUCUCUGCCAUAUUGCAAUUCCAAGAUGAAAGAGGAAUGAAAUUGAAACCAGCAGAUGUGUACCCUAACAUGCCGAAGAUAAAGCUAUAGGCUGUUUGGAUAUGGGAUAUAGCUGAAUGUUUACUGCCAAAACAAAAUCAGAACAAACCCAGAACUGUGCAAUCACAUACCUUGAAUAGUGGAGAGGAUUUAUUACCACAGUGCCAAUUUACCUGGGAUCAUGUCAUGAGAAGGAGCUAUUACAAUAGUUCUUGAUAUUAGUAUUUUUGUUCUGCUACAAGUAUUGGUUUCAUUCCAGCAGUACCAACUUAAGGAUGGUGACAUGGAUUUCAGAACUACAUUAAUAUUGCAAACAGUGACAGUGAAGUGUUACAUGCUAUUAACCAGGUGUAAAGUUAUGCUAAUAAUCUAGUCCUAGGCUUAUAAUGGAGCUGACUCUGGUUAAAAACCAGUUUAUUUACACCAGCUUGUAGGUGAUAAAUGGUGUAUAGUGAGUAAGAAAAUUGGAGAAGAUCCAUAGUAUGAAAGAGAUUUGAUUUCAUUGCUGCUGUUUCCUGUCAAGAAAACAAAUAAAUCAAUGAAUAAAUAAAUAAAUAAAUAAAGCUAAUGCCACCACCCAAUGAAAAUAGUUCUCUUGCAAACACCUGUUCAUCACAAAGUCAUACACGUGUUUAUUGCAAGUAACAUUUUAGUAAACUGCUAGUUUUGAACAAAGGCCUUCAAGUAUCGCCAUAUAUCUGAAAAGUUUAAAUAACAGGAACAAGUCUUUAUCAAGGAUAAAGGAACAUUGAAUCUCAAUUAAUGAAGGACACUGGAGUAUGUCCUUGUAUUCUGCACGGAGAAUGAACACAAGUCCUGACAUUCCAUUUUACACGUAUGUGUAGUAACAUACAAUUCAUUGAUAUUUUUUGACGUAAAUGUCUUCCCAAUAGAACAUGCUUUCUUCUUUUGUAAGAUUCAUUUAUACAAUGUCUGCAUUUUUGUAUUGCAUUUUAAGUCUGUGUCUGUGGCAUGUUUAUUUUUGUGGUUGUUAUGGUGGACACUGGUUAUGCUCUGCAUGAUGUCAUGUUUAUUAAUUCUACAUAAAUAGUGCACCUUCCUCCACUUCCUCCCUCCCCCCCCCCCCCCCCAAAAAAACAAACCCUCCCACCGACCACACCUCAUUAUAUCAUAGCCAGAUUCUAAGGGAGGUGAAUACCAUAUUUAUGCAUUUUUGUCACUGUGACGAUUAAAUGACAGACAUUAUUGUAUGUGUUUAACCUUAAAGACAACUUGUUAAUGGUAUUCAGACUUCAUUGUG